UAAAGUCGUUUGAAUGAUUGUUCCGGCGCUGAAACGCCGUGACAAGCAGGUCCAUUUCUCCUCCCCUUCUGACGACCGCCGGAAUUCUAACUCCGGUGUGUGGACGAGCAAGAGAAGGGGAGGUGGGGGGAGAAGCAGGACCCUUUACGGGAGAGAGAAGAGAAGAUGCAUUCGUUCACAUACAGAGCGAACGCUCUCCUGACGUUCUCGGUAACGAUUUUGGCCGUGAUCUGCGGGCUGGCUUCCCUUACUGACAAUUUCAACGUCCCGUCUCCCACCGCUGAGAUUCAGGUGUUGAACUUCAAUCGGUUCCAGAGGCAGCCAAAUGGAAAUGAUGAGGUCAGUCUAACUUUGAGCAUAUCAGCAGACCUACAAUCUCUGUUCACAUGGAACACAAAGCAGGUUUUUGUGUUUGUGGCUGCUGAGUAUGAAACACCACAGAACUCGUUAAAUCAGGUGUCUCUGUGGGAUGGAAUAAUUCUGUCAAAAGAGCACGCAACUUUUUCAGUUCAAGUCCCAAACAAGUAUCGCUUUGUUGAUCAGGGGAGCAAUCUCAGAGGCAAAGAAUUCAACUUGACACUUCAUUGGCAUAUCAUGCCCAAGACAGGAAGAAUGUUUGCUGAUAAGAUUGUCAUGACCGGAUACCGUUUGCCAGAAAGCUACAGAUGACCUCAUGUCACUAGUUCUUAGAUAUUUUUGUCUUUUCCAGAGUCUCCAUGUUCAAAAGGUUUUUUUUCUAAUGGAAUGGAUGAGACAUGUAAUCUGUAGGACAAAAUUUUGAAUUUGAAACUAAUUAUAAUCUCCUGCUUCUUUUCAUUCAGCAAUCUUGUCAAACUAGUGGAAGAUGGAAAUAUGAAGGUUUUAAGAACUUCACAUAA